AUGCGCCAACGAAUCACUUUUCUUCAGCAGCCUCAAGAUGCAGUUGAUCCUCAAAAUAUCAAAGUUUCCACAGAUUCUAUAACAGCAAAACGGAUGAAAGCUGCGAGAGAAGAUCGAGCAACCUUUAGUUUUAGUGAACUUCCCCAAGAAAUAUAUCGAGUCUUGAAAGCAUCUCAUGAGCUUCAUAUUCGAUGGGCCAGUCCAAAUCAAUAUGAUACAGCUUCACCUCUAUUUUCAAGGCUUUCUCCAGGUCUUCACGUGUUCUAUAGUUCACAGAGAAAUAGCAAAAGCCCAGAUCUUUUGUGUCCUGCUCUGAAGAAAGUAUUUGGAAAACUUGAUUGCGUAUCUCCCGAGGAGUCUUUUAUUAAGUUGUCUGUGGAACGAUUUGCUUCAAAUGCGGCAACGCAAUAUUAUCAACCUCUUGAGGAUCUCACAAAUCUUGUUGAGUAUAUACAACAGAAGAUAUGCAAGGCAUCAGAUAAAGAAUGUCUUCGGAGGGCCAAUUCCCUUAGCUACGCAUCUUCUGUUGAUAUAGACUUUGACACAAUAUCUCAUGCCUUAAACAUAAUUGCAUAUUGGGAACCUCAAACAUGGGAGCCAGAAAUCACGAAUGCAGCAUCAAAAGAUCGUGUAGAAGUUGGCAUACUUUCUGUUGAAACACCUUUGCAACCCGAAGAGCUUUCAUUAGCUGGAUUCUUGACUGUAGUUGGCGAAGACUCUAAACCAUCACCUACAUUAUUUUCCUUUCCGGCUAGAUAUCAUUCCACGGAUACCUUUUUUACCUCAUCUUUCAUGACGCCUUCUGGUCUUCAUCCUACAUUACAACUCUUGCUUAGCUCCAGUCAACCUCCUAUAUCAGACAGGGAAUGUUCACUACAUACUCAUCUUACUCUACCUCGUACCAUCUUUCCCGAUAAAUAUCAACUAUCUGAUCCUCUUUUCCUCGCAUCAAAGAAUUUAAAAGCUCUUCGAUAUGUUUCCUCUCCAAUCGAUCUCGAAGCUCCAGACUAUGCAAUGAACAUCUGGGGAUCAUCUCUUUUACUUGAACUCGCAGCACCCGAGUCGACUCAAUCUUUCACCGCAGAAAUCCCUCUUCACUUACGAUAUCUCUCUCCAAUCAACAACACAGAUGGUUACACAUCUAUAGAAAUUCCUCAUCCAGUAGUAUUCUGGGCAUGUACCGCAGACGAAGGUAGCAAAUUCUCAGUUAAUCCAUUUGACCGGGUAAAUCUAGGUUAUGAUGGUUUAUUUGGAUCUCAGACUAUGUUCUAUCAUGUUUCACCAGUAGCUGUACCUAAUGGUAGAUUGAUGAAUGUAGUUACGGUUCCAGUAUUAGAUUUAAAUAAGAGUACUUGGGUGGAGGUAGGAACUGCUAGUGUGGUUUUAUUGGGUUUUUUAUGGAUUGUUGGGGGUUUAUUUGGGGUUUGGGGAAAGGCAAAGGUUAGUAAGGAAUUUAAGGGAGAGGGGUGGGAUAUGAAGAAGAUACAAUAG